UUUUUUUUUUGUCAAAACAACCUAAGAAUAAGAAUUAGAAUUACUUUAACUUUAUCCCCAAAGGGAAAUUCAAAGAAGAGUGAUGGAGAGAGGGGGCUGGAAGAAAAUAAGACAAGUAAAGUUUUUCAAAAAGGUGGUAGAUGAUGAUAAAAAGGGAAUACUAAGGAGAAAAAAAAGACAAAGAGGAAGAAAAAGAGAGCUAAACACAAUAGAGGGAGUGAGAUAAUGACUGCAAAGACUCGAGGAGGGCUGUUCCCAGAGUGGAGGGGGUAUAAAGUGAGGGAGGGGGUAACUACAAAUAGCCAAAGGCAGCAAGUUCUCCUCCAGUGCUCUCCUCUGUUGCACCUCUCAUCAGGCUCUCCAAUCCACCAUGGCUUCCUACAGCUCCUCUGCCCAAACCGCCUCCUCCUACCGCAGACACUUCGGCCAUGGUGGCUUCGCCUCACCCUCCCUCAAUCGCUCCAUGCUGGGCCAUGGUGCUGGUGGGGGGGGUCAUGUCACCUCCAGGGUCUAUGAGGUGACCCGGUCCAGUUCCACACCAGCCUACAGGGUCUCCUCCGGCUACUAUGGUAAGCCUCUGGGAUCCUCCAGGGUCUCUGUUGGUCGCUCCUACGCUGGCAUGGGCGAGACGCUGGACUUCAGCCUGGCAGAUGCUCUCAAUCAAGAGUUCCUGACCACACGCACCAAUGAGAAAGCAGAACUGCAGCACCUGAAUGACCGCUUUGCCAGCUACAUUGAGAAGGUUCGCUUUCUGGAGCAGCAGAACCAGGCGAUGGCAGUGGAGGUGGAGCGCCUGCGUGGACGCGAGCCGACACGCAUCGCCGACCUGUACGAAGAGGAAAUGAACGAGCUGAGGAGGCAGGUGGAGAUCCUGACCAAUCAGAGGUCACGUAUAGAGGUGGAGCGAGACAACCUGGCUGAUGACCUGGACAAGCUCAAACUCAGGUGGGAGGGACAUGAUGGCGUGUGUGUCUCUUUAAAAAAAGAUCCAUAUUUGUAGAAACUCAUAAACACAGAGCUGAACAGAGUGAACAAGUCUGGGUGAUCAUGUUGAACCUGGAACAAACACGUUUAGUGGAGAAAGUGGAUGAAUGGAGGAAUAUGGUGAUUCAUAGGCACAAGUGAUGACACAUGAAUGUGACCUUAUGGGAGCUAGAUUUAACUCACUAAGUGGGAGAUAAGAGGGUCUCAGCUGGCACUACCAUCUGCUGUUGGUUUUGGUUACAGGGGGGCUAAUUUUUGAAGGAACAUGAACUUGUUUUUAGAAAAUAUUUUUGAAUUUCAACAUCAAUUUGCAUUAUGGUUGUUGAUGUCUGAGCUGUAGAUGUUAAAAGACCAGAGGACUGGUUCUGUGAUCCAGUUUUUACAAUUACAACUCCUAAAAUGAGGCUUUUGUGAAUUAUUGUUUGCGUGUUGGACUGUUUUUUAAAGAUUUUCUACUCCCAUUUACACCUGCAGGUCUGAUAUUGAUCAAUUUAAUGAACAUGAUGCAUGGCUGUGGAAAGAGACACAGCAUGUUUACACUGUGCCCUUCUAUAUAAGGAAAGGAAAGCACUCCCACACAUCUUCAGGGCCUUUAACAACCCUUCCUCUCUCCAUGGUUUACAUCUUAAGUGCCAGUUUUAUAACAAGUGAAAGACAAGACAGGCCUUAUGCAAUUCAAGGUAAAACAAUAGAUAAUCACUGAAAUCUUUUAUGGGGAUUUGAAGGUUUUCACUUAGAUUGCAAUCAAAAUGGAGCUUUAAAAACUUAAUCUUAACUUCAUUUUAAUGUAUUUUGAUUCAGGGGUCCUUUGCAGCCUGAUGACAUAAAACCAGCAUCUAUUCACAGGAGCAUGGUUUUACAGUGGAGCUUUCAUUACAACCAUAUUGUGUUGUUUGAUUUGUCUUUGGCUUGUCAGUACAGAUGACUAGAGCAAGAGUUUCAAAUUAACUCUAGAUUGUGUUAAAACUUAACUAAGUAAAUAUGAGAAGUUAACAAGGAAUUUUGAUUAAUUUUUACGAUGUCUGUUACCUGCUCUAGACUCCAAGAAGAGAUUCUCCAGAAAGAGGAAGCAGAGAGCAACCUGGCUGCUUUCAGGGCGGUGAGUGCCUCAUGCAUUACUCCUUUUAUAAUAGUCUGAAGUAGUUACGGCACGGCAGUCAAAUGCAUGUUUAACUUGGUAUUGGUAUUCUUUGAACUUUUAACAUCUUUCAAAUCGUCUGCUGCAGGAUGUGGAUGCCGCCACAUUGGCUCGUCUGGACCUGGAGAGACGCAUCGAGACACUGCAGGAGGAGAUUGCAUUCCUUAAGAAGAUCCAUGAAGAGGUUCUGUCUUUUUUCCCCUCUGUUAUAACCUUCAUAAAUCUAAUGGAUCGUGGAAACUUUUUGUUUUGGCAACAACAGUCCACACUAAAAUUAAAUCUGGAGUAAGACCACGGGAAAACAUACAUUUAAAACCUGUGAUUCCCUCCUCCUCUUUUUAUCCCUUUAGUGCACAUUUGAGAUGACGUGUGCACUCUUCCAGUUUGUCAAUCUGCCUGUCAGCAUCUGUUGUUACAUUUGUCUGCAUUUGUCUGUGUGUGUGAUAACAACAAGAGGAUUGGAGAAGCACACAAACACAGAGAGCUUGUAUGCUGGCAGCAGGUCCAAACAGUGUUACAGUAGAGCUCUGAAAUCUCACACAGCAGAUGUACUGCUAAAAUUACUCUGUGUACCAACACUGGACAUCAUCGUCUCUGGACCACAGGGGCUCGUAAGCUUAGAUGUAUGUGUGCAUGUCUGAUUAAGCUUCUUUCAGUGCAAAAUCAUAAAAAAAAACUUCAGAUCCAGAUAAACAGAUGGGUUUUGUGUCAUUGGUUGAGGUUAUUUCCUAGGUAAGCCUCAGGGAAAUGGAUGCAUGUCAGUAUCAUGUUCCCAGUAAUCAUGUCCGUAUGAGCACUCUCAGCCUGGGGACGGUCUGGCUGAUGAUGGCUACAUGACGCCAAGUGGCUGCAGCCAUAUUUGAAAGCAGUCUGUUAUUGUGUCUACAAGUUGUUGAGUUGCUGAAUGAGGAAGUAAUAUUCCUAUGUGUAUGCAUGUGGUUCUUAAGAUAUAAUUUGACUCUAGUUAGUGAAUCCUACUGUACAUAAAACUAACCCUGUUGGAGACAAGUGAACACACAAAUAUAACCCCACACAACCAACAACCACAAAACUCUGACCUCCAUCUAUCUUGAACUUCUCCUACUCGACUGCCUGCAGGAGAUUCGCGAGCUGCAAACUCAGAUGCAGGAGACCCAGGUGCAGAUCCAGAUGGACAUGUCUAAGCCUGAUCUGACAGCAGCACUGAGAGACAUCAGAGCCCAGUACGAGGGCAUUGCUGCCAAAAACAUCGCCGAGGCUGAGGAUUGGUACAAAUCAAAGGUAGGAGAGGGAGAGAUUAUUCAUAACACAUUAAAUAUUUUCUGACUUUAUAUUGUUUAUAUUUGACAGCUAUGAAUAUGUGGUUAAUUUAUGGGACAUGUCUAAGCAUUCAUGAUAACAGUAUUGUGGUGUGGCUGCAGUUAAACCUGAUCUGGACCUUUAUCACUUCAGGUGUCCGACCUGAACCAGGCAGUGAGCAAGAACAAUGAGGCACUGAAGCAGGCCCGGCAGGAGACCAUGGAGUUCAGACACCAGAUCCAGUCCUACACCUGUGAGAUCGACUCACUGAAAGGCACCGUAUGUCUCUUACACACAGAGAAAAGAUUUCAGAGCUGUGCCUCAUCCUGCCCAAACAUUUUCACCUUUGUCUCCUGGAAAUCUCCAGAACGAGUCCCUGAUGAGGCAGAUGAGGGACAUGGAGGAGCGCCACGGACGUGAUGCGGGUGGAUUCCAGGACACCAUCACCAGGCUGGAGGCAGAGAUAGCGAACAUGAAAGAUGAGAUGGCACGCCACCUUCGAGAGUACCAAGACCUGCUUAACAUUAAGAUGGCCUUGGAUGUGGAGAUUGCCACCUACAGGAAGCUGCUGGAAGGGGAGGAGAGCAGGUGACGUUGUCUAAGGAAAUCUGGAUUGUAAUUGGACAGAGUUGUCAUUUCAGAUUGUUGUAGGUUUGUACUGACUUGCUCUGUCUGUCUGUGCAGGAUAAGCCUACCUGUGCAGAGCUACUCCACUCUGAGCUUCAGAGGUAAGACCAGACCUGCAGUUAUCUAAACACACCACUAGAGGGCACACAUCGCAAGGCUCUGAGUCUGUUCUCAACCACAGUCGAGUUUACACACAGAUGCAGUUUUUACACUUGAUUUAUAAUACAUUGUUGUUUCUAUAGCAAAUAGAAGUAGCGCUCACAACGUCCAUUGUGACUUAAGGUUAUAGAGGUUGUAGAGGAUAAAGUCAGUGAGUAUCCCACUCAUGAGACACUGAGAUCUUGAAUAGGAAACUUUUGUGAAAAAAAAAAAAAAAAAAAUCAUUUGCUUUGUGUUUGCAGAGACCAGCCCUGAGCAGCGCUCCUCUGAGAUGCAUUCAAAGAAAACUGUCCUCAUCAAGACCAUCGAGACCCGCGAUGGAGAGGUAAUCCAGAUAUGACCAUUUUAGUUCAUUUUAGUUUAGCUCCUUUUUAGUUUGGAUGGAAAUUACAGUCUAUCUCAAAAGGGACUUUUUUCGUAUUUAUUACCUCACUUUAAAAAGUUUGGAACAAAAUCUGGGCAACAUUUUGAUCCUAUUAAACUUUCUUUACUGAUUUAAUCUCUCUUUAUUGACUUUACAUCGUCUGUCAUUUAAUACUGAUCAGCACUCUUUAAAAUUAAGUCAGUUUUACACUUGCCCCUUCUUGUGUUGUCCUAAUGUAAGUGAAUCUGGUCAAAUUCUCAAACUCAACCCUAGAAGCCAGCAGCAUUUUGUACCGCUCUGUAAAACACAUCCUUUUGCCAUAUCUCUGAGAAGGCAUUCCACAUCAUUCCAAGUAAACACCUACACGCAUGCAGUGACUAGUUCACACAGUGUGCCACCUCUAACCCAAUAUCCUGUCCCACCUGUGUGAAAACACGCUACCCCUGCUGCCUCCUGGGGAAACAUACAUCCCAGACGUGCUGAGGCAGGUCAUGGUUGCUCUCUUAUUCUCAAGAAAAGGUGAUUUGCAUCAUCAGACUGUCAGUGAUAAAGGUGUUGCUUUUCCUCUGCCUCAUAUAAUAAAAGCAUGAAGAGAUUAUUGAACUUUUUCAAUAUAAAUCAUAUAAUUAUAUAAAAAAAGAAGAGCUAGGUUACUACACUUGUAUGAAGACAAAUAAACCUUCAAAAAUACAUUUGGAGCGAGCUUCGUUACAUUCACAUUUUAAAAUGAUUUCAGUUAUUUAUACUGAGACAACAUCACAAAGACUCUUCUCUUUAACAGUGAAAUCAAGAGUUGUGUAUUUACACAGAGACCCUGUGUGCCGACUCUCACUCAGUAUAUUUCCACACACUUGAAUGUCUCAUGAAUGUUAUGAAUCUGCCCCGCAGGUCGUCAGCGAGUCGACACAGCACCAGCAGGACAUCAUGUAACCAUCUACAGAAGAUAAAGAGCCGAGGAGCCGAAAAGAACAUCUGAUGUUCCCUGAGACAAACCGGGGUGAAAACAAACAUGAAAAAGAAAACAAGUAAAGUAAAAGGACUGUACAAACUCAUCAAACUGGCCUGUAAUGCCCUUUGUAAGAAGUAAAGCAGGAUGGAGGUUUAUUAAUCUCUUCAGCAUAAAAAUCUCCAACUUUUUUUUAUUGUUUUACCUCAGAGUCAAAAACUGUGAUUGAUUAUGUAAAUUUACCCGUUUCUGAAGUGUCUGUAUCUUCACAAAUGAUUUAAAAGGAUGGGCUGCUGCAAAAAAAAAAAAUCAAAAAAAGGCUUUUAGCAGUGUAAAAUUCACUACAUCACAUGGAGACUUGCGACUAAAAUGGCAAAAACAAUGUAAAAGCAAAUAGGGGGGCAAUACUCGUCUCUGUCAUCUAAUAAAGAGUAGCAAAUUUAUCUAAUUUAAAAUGAACUUUAGGAUCCUGUAGACUUUUAUCCUGUUUGUCAAACUCAGUCUUUUUUCUUUACAGAGAGGAUAAGGCUAUCCGCAAGUGUGUGUGUGUGUGUGUGUGUGUGUGUUUGUGCUUAUCAAUAAAAGGACAGAAAGGACGGAUGAAAUGAGAAGAUGGAGGAGGAGAUUAAAAGGUGUCUGGAGAUUAAGAGCGAGAUCAAAGCAAAGAGGUUGUACAAGAAAGAAAACAAAGAUGGAGAGAGAAUGAGAGAGAAAGAGAGAGGAAGGGGCUUGUUUAGAUGAGAGGUAAUCCCUUUGACCUUUAAAUAUUACUUGCUAAUAACGGAUGGAAGAAUGUCCUCGGGCGGAAAGAUGACUCAGACACAUUGAUUGUAUACAGGCCCAUAAGAACACAUGCUUUAAUAACCAUAAUAAUCAUAAUUCAGUUUUUAAAAAAGCAUGGAGUUACUGGCCUACAGUGAUGACAUUGCACUCUCCUUUACAGAAACGGCUCGAAAAUAAAUAAAUCAGCGAAUAAAUACAUCCCACAGGAAAAAAAACGUGUUUCAAUAAAAUUAGAUUUCUAAGAAAAUUAAAAAGAAAUGAAUAAAAGUAACAAAAAAAAAAAAAAAAAAAAAAAAAAAAAAGUUAGUAAGUGCUGUGUUUUAUGUACAAAUUUCACAUUGAUGCACAUGAAGGGGUGGAGGGUGUUCAGUGGAGGCCAAAAUGGAGCCACACAGGGCAGACCAGGGAAGGAAUGAGGGGCGAAUUCAUGCAUUUCUGUUUCCCAAAAAUGAAUCUAAAAAAUGUUUCACAUACCCCACCCACCUUAACCCCACAAUUUGCUUGCUUCUCCUUUAAAAAGGUCAAAGGUAACAAAGUAUUCACAUUUUCACAGGUGACAAAAAUGUUACAUUGUCCUAAAUAAAGAAAAUCAAUGCACAUGUUGGAAGGAUUAGUCGGUUUAAGUACAAGUCUACAUGGCCGUUUGUCCACUUUAUCGGUCAGAAUCUCUGAGCCUUAUUUACAUCAGCAUCUCAGCCUGGUUUGGUUUAUUAAAGGUGAUUUCCAGCAAUCAACUUCUAUUUUUUUUUCCCAUGCAGUUGUGAGAUUUUAGAUCCACACAAAAACGACCAUUCCUGUGACAGUUUUUAGCUUUGACUGGUUUUCUUUUACUUUAAAUUUUUAGAUUUUAGCAUGAAUACUUUUUCAGUUGCACAGCAAAGGGUGCCAUCAGAGAAUGUUAGUGGGUCUUACAGCUGUGUUGGUGAAAUGAGACUCUUCAGCUAUGUAAAUAAACGUGUCAAGGGUGAACAUUUUGCACUUCAAAGGAUGAAAUUCAAGUUGAAAAAUAUGAAACUUCCAUUCAAGAUCUUCUUGCAUUUUUUGUGUGUGAAAUCUCAGCUGAGUGCCAGUGUAAAUAUGGCUUUCUUGUCGUCAGCUUUACCUAAAAUUUGACUCAUGUAUCCUGACAUCUGUGGAUACAAGCCAGUGUAACUCGAUUUUUUUUACCCUGCUUAUUGUAGCUCCAUGGCAACCCCCUUAAAAUCCUUCUGCGAUCAUGUUUAAUGCAAAAACAAGCCACCGAUGGGAGAUCUGCCAGUAACCCCCCUCCUUUUGUUGAACGACGUAGUCCAUGGAGGGGCAAGGCACCCGUUAAAAACAGAUCCCCCGGCCAACGGAGAGCAGUUUAAAGAGGUGAAUCGUCCAGCACCAAGGGUGACAGAGGGGUUUCCCAGCUUUAAAAACAGUGAAGACGUCUCUCUCCAUUUAGAGGAGAACUGAAGUCGUCCAGAUGGCACACAGCAAAUAAAGAAAUCCUGUUUUUCUUAAAAGGGCCCUUGCUUCCAUUUAUGGAUAUUUGUUGGAUAUUUCAGACAUAGAACAUGGGCAAGUCGUAUUUUGAUUUUUCUGACUGUGCCUGCGUUCGAACCUGAGGCAGGUUUGCACUGAAACUGUGAUACCUGAUCCGCUUGGACAGUGACACGAACAGCAGGCUGCUUUGGUGUUCUUGGUUAAUGCUCAAGAAUGCAGCUGCUGUUCCUGCUUGUCCGAGUGCAUGCAUGCAUUUGUGCAUUUGGGACUUCUGGAAGUCAGUGCUAGGAGGUCGACCAACCCUCUGCAGCACACUGAGGCCUCCAUAAAGAGAGUGGAGCUCUCUGUACUGACAUAUAGCUAAUAAAGAGUUGACCAGAUCUCACCUUUUAGGUAAGUCCAGUGAUAAAUAAAUUUCCUUCCUCUGUGUAGCUAAGUCCUCGUCAUUUUUGCAAUAAAACCAGUGGUGGUUUGUUAGGUGUGAUUUUACCCACGUGGAGUUGUGAUUGUAGUCAUGUGUCUCCCUGUUUAGACGGUUUGUUCAGGCCUCUGGGAGGUGAAGAAGUUGUCAGACCCGUAGAGAAGGUCCUGCAGCUCCAGUGAGGGGUGCAGUAGAACCACAGUCAUAGCCAACAUCCACCACAGCGUGGGGUCCACCGACUAGCCGGCUGGGAAAGGGCUGCCCCUGCACCUGCCGGUCCCUGAAACUCUGGAUGUAGCUCUGGAUAGAGUGAAGAGAGAAAUGUUUUAAGAUUAUAAGUGAUAGAAAACUCAGCAUAAUUUUCAACAAUGGAUCAGAGACUCUAAAAGCAAGGUCAAAGUUCUUCACUGGUGAGAGGACGUCUGUGUCGUAGCGGCGGAUCGGGUUGGGUUUGCGUCGAUAGGCCGGCUCAGCGUGAAGUUGUUUGGCCUGGUGGUGAUGGGUCGAAGAAGAGCCGUGCUGCUGCUUCUUCUUCUUUUUCCGAUAGCGGUCAUCCCGUUGGCGAAUCCGCAUCACCUGCAUUCUCCUCUGCUGCCGGCUGAUGAUGACUACAGGGAACAGGUUGAAGACAAGUGCACGGUAACUUUUUAAUCAUAAUCAUCAGUCUGCAUCACAAAGAGGAAACAAUAUUUAAUGAAUGACACCUGCUUUGUGAUGACAGUGACUAAGAAACUGUGAAAAGGUGGGUUUUAGGAGAGGAGGAUCACUUUGUAAAAUGUGAGGUUCUCAUGGACAUGUUUUUUCUUUUAAAUUUGUGCAGCUUUACAGACACAAUUUUCAAUAACUCAAACACUAGAUAGAAGCAUAAUGUUUUACUUAUUAACUCCCCUAUUUCAAACAUGUGCUACUUAAUAUAUAAAACAGGGUAUACUUAUACUUAUAAUUGAGAUUUCAGUAAACAUGCACAGUGGUUCUCACCUUUAGUGUGGGAAUAUCCCUCAGCUGUCACCUUCCACUGGACUAUGACACCCAGCAGAGUAAGGGCAGGCCACACCCCCAGCACCACCCACGUCAACCAGCACACAGGCUUGCCAGGCGCUGCUUUCAUUCGCUCGUACAUGUAAAGCACAAGGGCGAAGAGCUCCACAAAGUAGUCCACAGCCACAGUGAUGACUGCCGCACCAAACACAGCUGUGGACAGCGUGGUAAAGAGGCGCUGCCACUGCAAGGUGAGCACGGCAAACAGCAUGCCCAGGCCAAGCAGCACGCCCAGAGGCACCCAGACGGAGCGCGGCGGGCUGUCGGAAAGCUCCUCCAUGCCUACCAGGGUGGCCACGGCCACCAGCAGGCCCAGCAGCAGGCCCACCAUAAAGAGGCCCACGCUGCGAACCAGCAUAGUGACCAGGCCACAGAGCGUGCCGAUGCCAAGGCCGAUGCCCACUGAGGCCUCCACGCUCAGCUGGGUGUCCAGAACGCGCUCCUUGUAGCAGAGCAUGAAGAUGACGACAGAGCCGAACAUCAGGCCCGUCAGGAACAUCACUGCUUUAAAGCAGCGAUAGCCUGAAGGAGGAGAAAGACACGGGAUUAUUAAACAGCUCUGCUACCUAUUCACACUUUUGAAAAUGAACAGAUGUCUUAAAAAGUUUAGGACUCACCAAAAAAGCAGUAAAUGAUGCCAAAGAGGCAGCACAUGGAGCAGACCACAGAGGGAACCACUUUGUAGCGUCCGCCAGGGUCCCCACAGCCAUCCAGUCGCUCAGGACUCAGCUCCUGAUCGGGAUGGGCCAGCAUUGUAUCCAGGGUAGUCGUCAUGGUGACCAGGAAGUAAGAAAAGAAGGGAGAAAGGAGGUGGAGAGGAGAGACGGAGGAGGAGAGGAGAUCAGGUGGGAGGUGAAGGACAGGAAAGGCUAUGGGGCACCACCUGUAGAGGGUGAAGGACAGAAGAAGAAGAAGAUUUCUGUCACUCUUGGCAGUUGAACGGAACAGUGAAGUGAGACCUCUACUGCUUUGUGACAAAAAUAUAUUUAGCUCAAACGACUAUUUCAAGAUGUUUAAUUUGUAUGGUGCAUUCAACAACCCUCUUAUUACUAGAGAUGCACCGAUCCAUUUUUUUCCGAUCCAAUCCGAUACCAAUAUC